GAAGAAUAUUUUCCUUAGAAUUACCGGUUUUACCGCCAUGUCAGUAUCUCAACGUCUGGUGCGAAGCAGACACCUUAUCCAAACAAACAACGGAUGCACCUCACGAUAUCUUUGUCCUCUCAAUCUCAGAGCCACUGUGAUGAUUCCUCGCCGAAAGCCAAUGGCAGCAUUGCUGCUUCCCCUUCCAAACAGUGUCCUCCUCAGGCCACCGGCCGCGUGCACUUCAGUGGUGGAUAAAUGUUCAGACGUGGAAGGCCUCAAGCAGAUCCAUGCCACCAUGGUCAAGACCGGCCUCGUCCUCGACGCCGUUCCCGCCAGCCGGCUGCUGGCCGCCCUGUGCCGGUCCCCCGACGACGGCAGCCUGACCUAUGCGCUUCUCUUCUUCGAACGACUCCGGUGUCGCAACACCUUCAUGUGGAAUACCAUGAUCAGAGCCUUGUCCGACAGCAAUCUCCCCGAGCACGCCGUGAUCUUGUACUGCCAGAUGCGUUCCGAUGCGAUGCCGCACAAUCCUUACACCUUCCCCUUCUUGCUCAAAGCCUGUGUCGCGUUGCCGUCAGCCUUGCCGGAAACCCAACAAGUGCACAGUCAUAUCAUCAAACAUGGAUUCGCCUCCGAGGUAUACACCGCCAAUUCGCUUCUUCGUGUCUACGCCAAGUCCGGCUGCACCGGUUCCGCCCGCAAGCUUUUCGACAGGAUGCCGUCCCGAGACGCCAUCACCUGGAACUCCAUGAUCGAUGGAUAUGCGAAGAGCGGAAGGCUUGAGAUGGCACGCCAACUGUUCGAUCUGAUGGAAGAAAAGAACGUGGUGUCGUGGACGUCGAUGAUCACCGGGUGUGUCGAGAAUUGCCUCUUUAAGGAAGCCUUGGAGCUCUUUGGCGAGAUGCUAGUUACGGAGGUCGAAGCAGAUGCCAGGGCGCUCACCAGUGCGCUGACAGCAUGUACCCACCUUGGGGCUUUGGAUCAAGGAAGAUGGAUACACACGUACAUAAAGAAAAGGCAGAUGCAAUUAGAUCCCGCUCUGGGAUGUGUCCUCGUUGACAUGUACGCCAAAUGUGGCGAACUCGAUGAAGCACUAAGCAUCUUCGAGAUGAUAAGGGAGAGAAAUGUGGCUGUGUGGACCGCCAUGAUCGCCGGUCUUGCCGUUCACGGCCUAGGAAGGGAGGCGCUCGAUCUGUUUAAGGAGAUGGAGGAAGCGGGAGUAAAGCCCAAUCAUAUUACCGUCACCAGUGCGCUGACGGCGUGCAGCUAUGCGGGAAUGGUGGAGGAGGGAGGAUCUCUUUUCGAAAGAAUCACAAAGGAGUACAACAUGAGCCCAUCCGUCGAACACUAUGGGUGCAUGGUCGACGUCCUCGGCAGAGCGGGGAUGCUGAAGGAAGCAGAGGACUUGAUCAACGCGAUGCCCUUCGACCCCAACGCUGCGGUCUGGGGAGCACUGGCCAACGCCUGUCGGAUUCACAGAAACUUCGAGCUAGGAAAGCACGUAGGAAAGAUGCUGAUCGAGCUGGAACCGGAACAGAGUGGCCGAUACAUACAGUUGGCCAGCAUUCUCGCUGCCGAAGGUAGCUGGAAACAGUCCCUGACGACGAGGAAGCUGAUGAGAGAAAGAGGAGUGCUGAAGCUUCCCGGAUGCAGCUCGAUCAGCGUGAAGGGAAGUGUUCACGAGUUCGUCGUCGGAGACAGGUCACACCCUCAGGCCGAGAAGAUACAUCUGGAGUGGGAGAGAAUCCUGAGAAGAUUGAGGAAGGAAGGAUAUGUGGCGUCCACCGACCAGCUACUGCUGGACUUGGAGGAAGAAGAGAAAGAAGCUGCGGUGGGAUGGCACAGCGAGAAGCUGGCUAUUGCCUUCGGAUUCAUCAGCACCGAGCCAGGGACGACGAUCCGGAUAGUGAAGAAUCUGAGAGUAUGCGCCGACUGCCACGCCGUGUCGAAGCUCAUCAGCAAAGUUUACCGACGCAAGAUCGUGAUGCGAGACAGGGCCAGAUUCCAUGUGUUCGUGGACGGCACUUGUUCCUGCAAGGAUUACUGGUGACCACACCCUAGAUUAUUGACAAGCCUGUUCUUCUUCUACAAAUGGUGGAAACAGAUACUGAAAGCUUCAGAUUCAUCUACAUCCUUGUACCUUGUCGACACGUUGAGGUCUCGUUCCCAUUGCUUAGAGGGACGGAAAUCGCAGAAGGGAAGGGAAGCAUAGAAUGCAGUGAUCACUACUCUUUACAUGUAUAUUAAUCCUAUCCCGUUGUCAUGAAUCCCGUAAUCCAGAAAAAAGAAACAGCUGCUUAGACAAUACGAUGGGGAUUAGACAUGAAAUGACCGACAGAUCACUGGGGAAGAGACAGGGAAUGAGAAAGGAAGGCUGUUGGAGCAACAAGAAACACAGACAGAUGUUCUUGAUUGAUGCAGGUUGUGACGGAGAUCGAUGCUUGAUUGCCAAACAACACUGAGACAGAGGAGAAGGAAAGCAGCUCGAACCAGUAAACCAACACGUUGCAAACGACUCGUCAUCUCAUCUGCGUCCUCUCCGUAACGAAGAGUUGAAGACCUUGAGGACCUGUCUCCUCACUCCAAUCUCCGAGCAGAAUUGCUCGACCACUGCAUCAUCUUGCCUCUGAAUCCUCCACCUCUCAGCAAAAGCCAGCAUUUUCUCCUUCUGCUC